AUGUCUGCCCUCGACAUGAAAGCCGACGCGUCUGUUCUUGUGAGCGGUGUACCGGAUGAUAUGAGCAACGAAUUGCUGAAAGAGUUGAUGAUUCAAGGAAAGGACAACUGUGGAAUUCAGCAGAUGGUGAUGUUUCCGGAAAUGCAGACGGCGCUGAUAGAGUUCUCAACACCAGAAGGUGCCGAAAAUGCUUAUGCAUUUGUGGACACAAUGGAAGUGAGACAGCUGACAUCCAGGUUUCCUCAAAGAGGACAUACAUCAGCCUUGCCAAUGCAGUUACUUCUGAAGCACCUACGUCUAUUCUUCCAGCCACUGACGGCCCCGCAUGACUUUGAAGAGCCAGGACGAAGGAAAUCAGGUGCAUCUCAGUUGUUACAAGGCAAAACGGCUGCCCUCUAUAUGAAUGCUGAUGCCUGUGUUCUUGUGAGUGGGUUUCCAGACUAUGUAGAUGGCAAAAUGCUGGAAGAGCAUCUCAUGUCAGCAAAGGACAACUAUGGAAUUCGGCAGAUGAUCAUGUUUCCGGAAAUACGGACCGCACUGAUAGAGUUCUCUACACCAGAAGGUAAGUAG